UAAGUUUUUUAACUGCUGUACGGACAACACAGGAAAGCAAGCAUGGAGGACAUCGAAGAAAUUAUGCGAAUGGACAAAGAAAAGUUGGCGGCACCAAUUAAGACGAUAAAGGAAAAAUGGAAGUUGCUGCCUGCAUUUCUGAAGGUGAAAGGGCUGGUCAAACAACACAUAGAUUCCUUUAACUACUUCAUCAAUGUGGAAAUAAAGAACAUAAUGAAAGCCAAUGACAAAAUAUUAAGUGAUGCAGAUCCCAACUUUUACAUGAAAUAUUUGAAUAUUUAUGUUGGAAUGCCGGAUGUGGAGGAAGGAUUUAACAUCACAAAACCUAUAUCACCUCACGAAUGUCGUUUGCGGGACAUGACAUACUCUGCCCCUAUCACAGUGGAUAUCGAGUACACUCGAGGAAACCAGAGGAUUGUUAGGAACAACCUUCCCAUAGGGAGAAUGCCUAUAAUGUUGAGGAGCUCUAACUGUGUGCUGAAUGGUAAAAGUCCGGCUGAGAUGGCCAAACUGAACGAGUGUCCAAUGGACCCCGGGGGUUACUUCAUCACCAGAGGGACAGAGAAAGUCAUCUUAAUCCAGGAGCAGCUGUCUAAAAAUAGAAUGAUGGUAGACACAGAGAUAGGGAGAAAUCGCUCAAUAGAAUGCUCCGUUACAAGCUCUACUCAUGAAAGGAAAAGUAAAACAUAUGUAUCCACAAAGCAUGAGAAAUACUACCUACGACACAACACAUUCACAGAGGACAUACCUGUAGCUAUAGCCUUCAAGGCCAUGGGGAUUGAGUGUGACCAGGAAAUCGUACAGAUGAUCGGGAGUGAGGAGGAGAUUCUGACGUCCGUCGCACCGUGUCUGGAGGAAUGUCACCGUGCCCAGGUGUUCACUCAGCUACAGGCUUUAAAAUAUAUAGGACAGAGGGUGAGGCAGAGAAGAGUUUGGGGUGGAUCCAAGAAAACAAAGAUAGAUGAGGCCCGAGAGGCUCUGCAUGACAUAGUGCUAGCUCAUGUACCGGUUGUGGAGUGGAACUUUAAGUUAAAGGCAGCAUACCUUGCUCUGAUGGUCAGACGGGUCAUCCUAGCAAAGGACCAGCAGGUCAAAGGUGAUGACCGCGAUUACUAUGGCAACAAGAGACUGGAGUUAGCAGGACAGCUUCUCUCUUUGUUGUUUGAGGAUUUGUUCAAAAAGUUCAACUCUGAGUUGAAGAGGAUAGCAGACAUGACCAUUCCUAAACCAAGGGCUGCUCAAUUUGACAUAAUCAAACACAUGAGACAGGACCAGAUCACAAAUGGACUGGUCAACGCCAUUUCUACGGGUAACUGGUCAAUUAAGAGAUUUAAGAUGGAGAGAGCUGGGGUUACUCAGGUCCUGUCUCGUCUCUCUUUUAUCUCCUGCCUCGGGAUGAUGACCCGCAUAUCUAGUCAGUUUGAGAAGACGAGGAAAGUCAGUGGUCCUCGGUCCCUCCAGCCCUCACAGUGGGGAAUGCUGUGUCCCUCCGACACACCAGAAGGGGAGGCCUGUGGACUUGUGAAGAACCUUGCUCUGAUGACCCAUAUCACUACAGACCUGGAUGAGGGGCCGAUUAUUCGUCUGGCCUUUAACCUGGGGGUGGAGGACAUCCAGCUACUGAGUGGGGAGGAGAUGACCAGCUCCAGGGUCUAUCUGGUCUUCCUGAAUGGUAACAUAUUAGGAGUGAUACGGGACUACCAUAAACUGGUUCGCACCUUUCGCUUGAUGCGACGGUCAGGAUACAUCAGUGAGUUUGUGUCAGUGUGUACUAACCAUACUCAUCGCUGUGUUUACAUUUCAACUGAUGGAGGCCGAUUAUGCAGACCUUAUAUAAUUGUUCAAAAAGGACAACCCCUGGUAAAACAAAGACACAUUGAGGAACUCACUCAGGGAUUCAGGAGUUUUGAUGAUUUCUUAAAGGAAGGCCUGGUUGAGUACCUAGAUGUCAAUGAGGAAAAUGAUUGUAUGGUGUCAUUGUAUGAGUCUGGCAUCACCUGGGAGACAACUCAUUUGGAGAUUGAACCUUUCACCAUUCUGGGAGUGUGUGCAGGAUUAAUUCCCUACCCCCACCACAACCAGUCCCCCCGGAAUACUUACCAGUGUGCUAUGGGCAAGCAAGCCAUGGGUACAAUUGGCUAUAACCAGAGAAACAGAAUAGACACCUUGAUGUAUCUUCUGUGUUAUCCUCAAGCUCCACUCGUCAAAUCUAAGACUAUUGAGCUGAUCCACUUUGACAAGUUACCGGCUGGACAGAAUGCUACAGUGGCAGUGAUGAGUUUCAGUGGGUAUGACAUUGAGGAUGCGCUGGUUCUCAACAAGGCUUCAUUAGACAGAGGUUUUGGUCGAUGCUUAGUGUACAGAAAACAGGCCUGUACCCUAAAGAGAUACACAAACCAGAGUUUUGAUAAGGUGAUGGGUCCCAUGGUAGAUGCCACGAGUCACAAACCAAUCUGGAAACACGAAGCUCUGGAUUCAGAUGGGAUCUGCUCGCCAGGAGAGAGAAUGGAAAACAGGCAGGUGCUUGUUAAUAAGUGGAUGCCCACGGUGACAAUGAACCCAAUACAACAAUCUCCUACAACACAGGGUCAACCCCAGGGGCCAGAGUAUAGGGAGGUCCCCAUCACUUACAAAGGUGCAGAGGCCUGCUACAUAGAGAAAGUUCUGAUUACAUCCAAUCCAGAGGAAGCAUUCCUGAUUAAGAUCUUACAGCGACAGACACGUAGACCGGAAAUCGGGGACAAAUUCAGCAGCAGGCACGGACAGAAAGGGGUUUGUGGAUUAAUUGUACCACAGGAAGAUAUGCCAUUUACUGAUCUGGGAAUUUGCCCAGACAUUAUAAUGAACCCCCAUGGGUACCCCUCCAGAAUGACUGUGGGUAAACUUAUGGAACUGAUGGGGAGUAAGGCAGGUGUCCUAGAUGGGAAGUUCCACUAUGGAACAGCUUUUGGUGGAGACAAAGUGUGUGAUUUGUCAGAAGAUUUGGUCAGACAUGGAUUCAAUUAUCUUGGCAAAGAUUUUGUCACCUCAGGAAUAACAGGGGAACCACUUGAGGCGUACAUUUUCUUUGGUCCCAUAUACUAUCAGAAACUGAAGCACAUGGUCCUAGAUAAAAUGCAUGCCAGAGCCAAGGGACCGAGAGCUGUGCUGACUCGACAACCAACAGAGGGCCGAUCUCGAGAUGGUGGUCUGAGACUGGGUGAGAUGGAGCGAGAUUGUCUCAUUGGCUAUGGAGCAAGCAUGCUGCUGUUGGAGAGAUUAAUGAUAUCCAGUGAUGCAUUUGAGGUGGAUGUUUGCGGUGAAUGUGGCCUUCUGGGAUACUCGGGAUGGUGCGAGUUCUGUAAAUCUUCACGUCACGUGUCCACUCUCAAAAUGCCAUACGCAUGUAAACUGCUAUUCCAGGAAUUACAAUCAAUGAACAUUGCUCCGAGACUCUCCCUCAAACCUUACAAUGAAGUAUAAACUUUAGGACAGACAACUCUUUAAUUUGUUUCUUGUAUUGUUUUUAAAAGUUGACCCAAAAUAAAAAUGUGAUACAUAAAA